AUGAAGGUUGUUCAACCCAGCCGUUCACCUGCAGCUCAAGGGAAUCUGACUCCCUUAAAGUGUAGUUACUGUGACCAAGAACGACACAUCGUCGAUCGCUGUUAUUUUCUCCAUGGUUUUCCCGUGUGCCAUAAGCUACAUGGGAAAAAUGUGAAGCCACCCAACCGAAGGAAAUCAGCUGCACAUAAUACUCAAGCAAGCCCUGUGGAGUCAACUCAGGCACCAACUACCACUCCUAAUGAGAAGCCUACAUUCACCACCGAAGAGUACACUCAACUUGUGGCGCUGCUUUGGAAAGAGAAUGGUAAUACACCACCUUUUGCAAAUGCCACAGGUAUUGUUACCCCCACAUGUUAUAACACAGUACAUGCUUCUCACUCUACUCUGUAUUGGAUAGUAGACAGUGGGGCAACGGAUCACAUAUCCCAUUCCGUGCCCUCGAAUCCCAUGACUCCGUCACAAAAUGACUUUGUUGAAUUACCUGAUGGUGGGCAUGCUAAAAUCACAUCGGUUGGUUCUGUUAAAUUGACCAAGGAUUUAGUUCUUGAUGGUGUUCUACAUGCACCAAAAUUCCAAGUCAAUCUUUUGUCUGUUAGCAAACUCACUCAAGCUUUGGGAUGUAUGGUGACAUUUUUCCCUAAUUUUUGUAUAGUGCAGGACGUGGCUACGAAGAGGAUGAUUGGCCUGGGCAAGCAACAUAAAGGGCUCUACUACAUCACCCGCCAACAGAACCCACACCUAGUACACCAUGUCAACCGUCAUUCCAGCCUCUGGCACCAACGUCUUGGACACCCAUCUGCUGCCCCUCUCCAAGCUUUAUCCAAAAGCAUUCCUGAAGUUGUUUUUGAUUUUUCCAAUAACUGUGAGGUCUGUCCCUUAGCCAAACAGACUCGUUUACCUUUUUCUUCUAGUUUGAUUAAAUCCGUAACACCUUUUGAUUUGAUCCACUGUGACAUUUGGGGACCUCACAGAGUUACUUCACACUCUGGGGGGCGUUAUUUUUUAACUAUUGUAGACGAUUAUUCUCGUUUUACAUGGAUUCAUCUUAUGAGCUUUAAAUCUGAAACACAGUCAUUGUUGAAAUCUUUCUUUUCUUGGGUGCAAACCCAAUUUAAUUGUCGCAUUAAGUCUUUGCGUGCUGACAAUGGGGCAGAAUUCAUAUCCAUGCGAAAUUUUUUGGAUGACAAUGGCGUAUUCUUCCAACAUUCUUGUCCCUUAACGCCUCAACAAAAUGGGGUUGUUGAGCGCAAGCAUCGUCAUCUUUUAAAUGUGGGGAGGGCUCUUAGAUUCCAGGCUCACUUACCAUUGUCCUUUUGGGGAGAAAGUAUUCAAACAACAUGUUAUCUCAUAAACAGAUUACCUACACCUCUCCUCUCUCACAACUCCCCAUAUGUCAUGCUUCAUCACAACCCUCCUACUUAUAUGCACAUGCGUGUUUUUGGUUGCCUUUGCUAUGCCACAAAUACACACCCCAUUCACAAAUUUGAUAAACGAGCUAGGCGUUGCAUUUUUGUUGGUUAUCCCCUUGGCCAAAAAGGUUAUCGUGUCUUUGAUCUUGAAACCAAGAAAUUUUCCACCUCCAGAGAUGUCAAAUUUUAUGAACAUGUUUUUCCAUUUUUGACUCAACCCGUCAAUUAUGAUGAUGAUACAACCAGUCCGGUCUUACCACUACCUCCAGACAUCUCUCAUAGCCCAGAUGACCUUAUUGGCCCAGAUGACACCUCAUCCUCUUCACUAGUUGAUAACUCUAAUCUUUCCAACCCAUCUCCAGUUGUUAGCCCAGAUAUAAACAUUCCCGACAAUUCCCAAUUGUCACCUAACCAAAUCCCGGUUGUCCCAACCUCCCUUUCUGAGCCGCAACUUCGUCAUUCUGACCGUGUUCCUCAGCCCAACAUCAAGCUUCGUGAUUAUCAUGUUUAUCACGCCAGUUUGCUUGACCCCAGUGCCACCUCUGCCACGUCCAGCACCCGCUAUCCAUUGACUCGGUACGUUUCUUACUCCCACUUGUUUGAUGCUCAUCGUUCUUUUGUGACCAACAUAUCCCACUUGGUAGAACCAGUUUCUUAUGAACAGGCUAGUAUGGAUCCAAAAUGGGUUGAGGCUAUGCAGACUGAACUUGACGCUCUUACUGCAAAUAAUACUUGGACCAUAAUGCCAUUACCUUCUGGUCACCGAGCCAUUGGAUGUCGGUGGGUAUUCAAAAUCAAGUAUAACUCCGAUGGUACAGUUGAAUGCUACAAGGCGCGUCUUGUGGCCAAAGUAUUUACCCAACGUGAAGGAAUUGACUACAAGGAGACUUUUGCUCCUGUUGCCAAGCUCAUUACUGUGCGAUGCCUUUUGUCUGUUGCUGCCAUUCGCAAUUGGUCUUUGCAUCAACUUGAUGUGCAAAAUGCUUUUCUUCAUGGUGAUCUCCAGGAAGAAGUCUACAUGCAGCCUCCUCCCGGAUUUCGUCGACAGGGGGAGAGAGUUGUAUGUCGACUCAACAAGUCCUUGUAUGGGCUUAAACAAGCAUCUCGCAGCUGGUUCCACAAGUUUUCUCAUGCUAUUCAAGAAAUUGGCUUUCACCAAUCCCGGGCUGAUUAUUCUUUAUUCACCAAGGUGUGUGAUAAUUCUUUUACUGCUAUACUCCUUUAUGUUGACGAUAUGAUCAUCACAGGGAAUAAUAAAGAUGCCAUUGUUUGCCUCAAACGGUUCCUUCACACAAAAUUUCGCAUCAAGGAUCUUGGACCACUCAAAUAUUUCCUUGGUGUUGAAGUUGCACGCUCCAAAGAUGGGAUUUCUAUUUGUCAACGCAAGUAUGCCCUUGACAUACUUGAAGAGGCCGGAUUACUUGGUGCAAAACCCGCAAUGUUUCCAAUGGAGCAGCACUUGAAAUUAACGCCUACAGAUGGUGUCAUUCUCAAGGAUCCUACACAUUAUCGCAGAUUGGUUGGAAGAUUAAUCUAUUUGACAAUCACAAGACCGGAAAUUGCAUAUUCCGUCCACAUUCUUAGCCAAUUCAUGCAACAGCCAAGAAAGCCUCACCUAGAUGCAGUGCAUCGCCUUCUUCGAUACUUAAAGAUAGCUCCGGGUCAAGGGUUGCUCUUUCCCUCACAAGGCAGUUUAAUAUUACGGGGUUAUUGUGAUGCCGAUUGGGCAGGAUGUCCCACCACGAGAAGGUCCAUCUCGGGUUACUGUGUUUUUCUUGGUAAUGCUCUUAUAGCUUGGAAGACGAAGAAACAAACUACUGUUUCCAGAUCAUCAGCUGAAGCUGAGUAUUGCUCAAUGGCAGCAAUCACAUGUGAACUCACUUGGCUGAGGUAUCUACUACGCGACUUGUGCAUUGAUCAUUCUGAGCUGGCAACAUUGCACUGCGACAACCAAGCGGCAAUACAUAUUGCAGCCAAUCCAGUUUACCAUGAAUGUACCAAACAUAUUGAACUUGAUUGCCAUACUGUACGAGAAAGAAUUCAAAGAGGAGAAAUCAAGACGACAUACGUACAAACUGGAAAACAGAUUGCUGACAUUUUCACAAAGCCGUUGGGACAAGUUGUUUUCCGUUCACAUCUCAGCAAGUUGGGUGUUUUGGAUAUCCACACUCCAACUUGA